GGAUUGGGGGCGAGUAUCCCAGCGGCAGCGUGACGGCGGCGGAGAGCACCGAGGCCGCGGGCGUGAAGAAGGGGCAGCAGCAGCGCCUGUUCAUCUGGGCGACGAACACAAUGUUGGACUUGGCGUUCGCGAUUGCUUGGUUCGUCGCGCUCGUCCUCUACUGGAUCUUCGGGGACGCACACCUGCGCGCGGUGUGGCGCGGCGUGCUCCUUCUCGGCGCGAUCCCGCCGCUCGUCCUCCUCAUCGCCCGCGUGUUCAUGCACGAGCCCCAGUCCUACCUGCGCAACAACAUGCGGCACACGCGCAUCCCCUACGCCCUCAUCCUCCGGCGGUACUGGGCCCGCCUGCUCGCCGUCUCCGUCAUCUGGUUCAUCUACGACUGGAUCACCUACCCGUUCGGGAUGUACAGCGACACGAUCGUGGCGCGUGCCGCGCCGAACGCGAGUUUCGCCCAGACGCUCGGGUGGGGGUGUCUCGUCAACGCCUUUUAUGUGCCGGGCACGAUCGCGGGCUCGUUCCUCGCCGACUGGAUCGGGCCCAAGUACUGCCUCAUCACGGGGCUCGUGCUGCAAGCCGUGUUCGGGUUCGCGCUGAGCGGCGCGUACGACCGCUUCUUCCCCACGGCGAGCGGGGGCAACGUCGCAGGCUUUGCGGUCAUGUAUGGGUUUUUCCUCGCGUUCGGCGAAGUCGGGCCGGGGAACAACCUCGGCCUCCUCGCGUCCAAGGCUAUCGGGCCCACCGCGGCCCGCGGGCAGCUGUACGGCAUCGCGGCCGCAAUCGGCAAGGUCGGCGCGUUCAUCGGCUCGUACACGUUCCCGCAGAUCCAGGCGGACAUGGACGCGCGCUCGGCGUAUCUCGGGCACACGGGCCUGUUUUACAUCGGCGCAGCGCUCGCGGGCUUCAGCGCCAUCAUCGCGCUCUGCCUCCCCAACAUCAAGCCGGAUGCUAUGGCCGACGAAGACGUGCUCUUCCGCGAGUACUUGGCUGCGCACGGGUUCGAUGUGAGCCGCAUGGGCGAGCCGGGGCAGGGGGAGAAGCGGGGCGAGCUGGAGGGCGAGGCUGAGGGAGAGCGCGCGCAAUGAGAGGGGCGCGCAACUGAGCGCAGAGCGCGCAGUUCUAAUCAUGAUGCGUAUGCAGAUCAUGUCGGGCGCGGCAGCGAACGUCGGCGCCUUGUAAGAGGACGAGGUCCGCAGUGUCACUACUGGUGUCCGGCGACCCGCACCACAAUUCUGAUCAACAAGCACCUGCCACGCUCGUGCCACAUGCCACUCAAAUACACCUGCCGACCCCGCCGAAAUACCAGUCCGCGCCGUGCCUUCAUAUCGGCACAUGACGUCGCCAGGAACAUUGUUACUUGCGAUGCGAGUGCGCAGGCGCGCAGUUGCGCAGCGUGUUCUCUAGCCCGACGACAGAACGCCGAGCGGAGGAGUGGGCGUGGGAGCAAAGCGUU